AUGUAAAUCGAUUACGCAUUUUUGGAAAGUUUAAAGAAAGGGCUUUAAGUUGAUUUUGAGAAGAAUCGCUAUGUGAGAGAUCAAUCAAUCCCUCAUGCUCCUUGCAAGAAUCUCUGCUUAAAUAAAUAGGUAAAUGAUAUAUGAGAGAGUAGGAAUAAAAAUUGGCAUUGAAAAAUGCAUUGAGAUACUUUGAACCAAAUCUUCAUGAGAAAUUAGCACCUGAGUUUUUGUAUGAAUUAUAAACAUAUGGACAUAUAUACAUGUAUAGAUUGAUUCCCGAUUACGAGAUGAAAGCCUAUCCAUAUGAUAAGUAUGAAUCUAGGUAAUUCUUAGAUAUCCCUGCAAGUGCAAAUAGGCUUAAGUUAUCAUGCAUAUGAUAAUGAAUAAUCUCAAUCAUGAAGUAGCAUAGUUUCCACAUGAAUUAAUCACUUAUGGUGGUAAUGGUAGCGUGUUUUAAAAUUGGGCAUAGUAUCACUUAACAAUGAAAUACCUAAGUGAAAUGACUGAUCAUCAAACUUUAGUAAUGAAUAGUGGUCAUCCACAAGGACUGUUUCCAAGUCAUCCUGAUGCUCCAAGAAUUGUUUUGAGUAAUGGUAUGAUGAUUCCUAAUUAUUCUACCCAAUCACAUUAUGAGAAACAUUAUGCUUUGGGAAAUACGAUGUAUGGUUAAAUGACUGCUGGAAGUUAUUGUUAUAUAGGAAGUUAAGGUAUUGUGCAUGGAACCACUUUGACAUUAUUGAAUGCAGCAAGGAAGUAUCUAAAGACUGAUUCAUUAAAUGGUGUAGUCUUUGUUUCAUCUGGAUUGGGUGGAAUGAGUGGAGCAUAACCUAAGGCUGGUGAUAUCUUGGGAUGUAUUUCAGUCAUUGCAGAAGUUUCAGAAAAGGCCUUGGACAAGAGAUUGAAGUAAGGUUGGGUAAAGAAGAAGAUUACUGAUGUUGAACAAGUUGUUGCAGAAAUUAAAUAAGCUAAACAAGAGAAAAGAGCAGAAUCUAUCGGAUAUCUAGGCAACAUCGUUUUAUUAUGGGAAAGAUUGGCUUAAGAGGAAAUCAAUUUAGUUGAUUUGGGAUCUGAUCAAACAUCUUUGCACAAUCCAUUUAAUGGGGGAUAUUACCCUGUUCAGUUAUCAUUUGAAUAGGCAAAUUAAAUGAUGGUCAAGGAUCCAGAAUAAUUUAAGAAAUUGGUGUAUGAAUCACUUAUCAGAUAAGUAGAUGCAAUUAAUAAAUUGACAUAAAAAGGUAUGCAUUUCUGGGAUUAUGGAAAUCGUUUUCUAUUAGAGAGUAGAAGAGCUGGUGCUAAUGUCAAUUCAGAGCAUGAUGAAUAACUAUUUCGCUAUCCCAGUUAUUUCUAGGAUAUUAUGGGAGAUAUAUUCAGUCUUGGUUUUGGUCCUUUCAGAUGGAUAUGCACAAGUGGUUUACCUGAAGAUUUGAAAUUGACAGAUAAGAUUGCUGAACAAGUACUAAUGGAUUUGAUCACUAAAUCUCCAAAGAUUGUAGCUGAUCAAUUAACUGAUAAUUUGGAUUGGAUUAGAAAGGCUGAAGAAAAUAAAUUAGUUAUUGGAUCAUAGGCGAGAAUAUUAUAUGCUGAUACUUAGGCAAGAACUGAAAUUGCACUAAGAUUCAAUGAAGCUGUAAAAAAGGGAGAAAUAUUGGGACCAAUUGUUUUAUCAAGAGAUCACCAUGAUGUUUCUGGAACAGACAGUCCAUUUAGAGAAACUGCUGACAUUUAUGAUGGAUCUUAAUUUACAGCAGAUAUGGCAGUACAGAAUGUGAUUGGUGAUUCAUUUAGAGGAGCAACUUGGGUAGCAUUACAUAAUGGUGGUGGAGUAGGUUGGGGAGAAGUCAUCAAUGGUGGAUUUGGAUUAGUAUUAGAUGGUUCAGGUAAUUUAAUGUAUUGAAUGUUUUAGAUGAUGCAUCAAGAAGGGCAAAGAUGAUGUUGUAAUGGGAUGUCAAUAAUGGGGUUGCCAGACGAUCUUGGUGUGGUAACCAGAAUGCUUAAUUCAAUAUAAAGAGAUAAAUGGAAAUGGAACCACUAUUAAAUGUUACAAUUCCUUAUUAGAGUGAUAUAGUUGAUAAAUUAGAGUUUUGAUGCAUUUGAAGUGUGAUAAGAAUUAAAAAAU